AUGGGGAUCCGGUUCGUGCUGCUGGUGAACAAGCAGGGGCAGACGCGGCUGGCGCAGUACUACGAGCACCUCUCCCUCGACGAGCGCCGCGCCCUCGAGGGCGAGAUCGUCCGCAAGUGCCUCGCCCGCACCGACCAGCAGUGCUCUUUCGUGGAGCACCGGAACUACAAGGUCGUCUACCGGCGCUACGCCUCCCUCUUCUUCCUCGUCGGCGUCGACAACGAUGAGAAUGAGUUAGCCAUCCUUGAAUUCAUACAUCUUCUCGUGGAAACCAUGGACCGUCACUUUGGCAACGUGUGUGAGCUUGACAUCAUGUUCCAUCUGGAGAAAGUCCACUUCAUGCUUGAAGAGAUGGUGAUGAAUGGUUGCAUCGUGGAGACGAGCAAACAGAACAUAUUGGCGCCCAUCCAGCUUAUGGAGAAAACCUCGUAA